AUGGAGUACCCAAAAACCGAAAAUGAGACUUGCUACGAGGUGCGCGAAAUUCCGCAGAAGCACAAGGGGAUGGUUGCUACGCGUGAUAUCCCCGUUGGUGAACUUAUACUACGCGAGAAGUAUAUCCUUGCGUGCAAUCAAACAAAAUACCCUGCCGAAACCAAAAAGCUGAUGGAAGGCUUUGACGCCCUCUCAGAUGAGAAACAGAGCCAGGUGAUGGCCCUCUGGAAACACGAGACUCCCGGUUACGAUAUCAUUUUCAGAGAAUCAUUGAGGGCCUGUCGUCAAGAAUAUGAUUGGCUACCUGAAAGCCAGGACAAUGAGUUUUUGAAGUUUUUGCAUAUUUUCCAGACGAAUGCGUACAUGAUCCAAGUCGAGGAGAUGGAUGAUGACGAAGACCAACCCCUCUUAGCCCUGUUUAUAGUUGCCAGUCGGAUCAACCACUCAUGUUAUCCCAAUACGACCUAUAGGUUCGAGGACAAAAAGUACAUGACGAUAAGGGCCUCACGUCCCAUCGUGAAGGGAGAGGAGAUCACGAACUAUUAUGUCUCGGCAGGCAACCCAUCUCGAAAGUCGGAUUUACAGGUCGCAUGGGGCUUUGAGUGCGCGUGUCCCGUAUGCUGUCGAAAUGAUCCGACGGUGGACUCGGAUGCUUUCGAGAAGAUACUCGUAGACAUCGCAAAACUGAAAAAUUCCAGGGACACGGGGGGGGAGAUCAACGGCAUCAAAGUAGUCAGAAAGUUUCGUGGCGACCAGGAUCGUCUCAAACGUAUGCUCGACCAGACUGAACAGCGUUUGGCAUUAUACGACAAGCUUAACUGGGUACCCGAACUGCGUUGCGAACACGCCACUAGAAGCGAUAUAUCCCGCCACCUCUGGGACCUCACCAAGGUUCCAAAAUAUUUAGAAAUACGGUUGGAGUCGGCGAAAGAAGCUAUACGCUGGGGUAAGGUCGAUUACGGCCCGGACACGAACUUCUUUGUCCCGCAUUUCGUAGACGUCGUAAGAAGGCUCGAGGCCGCGUUAAACCCGCCUUCUGAAGACGACGCUGCAGAAGAUGCUGAUCCCGCAGAUGCAGGUGACGAGGAUGGAGCUUAG